AUGGGCAUAGCUGCAGUUCUAGGAUUGAGCGGUCGACUUCAACUGUUUUGGUGUUUUGGUGUCCAAUUCUUGGCCUCUUCCCAAAAUCUGAAACCUAAGUCCUUCUCUUCCGGCUCUAUCCUCUACUGGUCCUGGGACAAGUUGAUAACUUGCUCAUCCAGUCAUUCAGAGUUUCUGAGGGAGGCAUAUGAAAAGGGAUGCUUGGUUGAGCCAAACCCAGUUUAUGAUGCUCGGAGGAAGCUUCUUUAUCUUGUGGCUAUAAGGUGUCGUGGCUUGGACAGAGGUAUUGAUGAGUUGAAGAUUGUUGAGAGUGACGGAAAUAGAGUGAAAGAAGAGCUACUGAAAACCUGA